UAUAAUAAUAUCUCUGCACCAUUGUGUAGAAAAUUAGAAUUCCAUUAAAAAAAUAAUAAAUAUUUUCUAUAGUUCAGUAGUUAGCGGGGAAGAGUAAAUAAUAUUUAUGAGUUGUUGGAGUAAAUAAUUUAUUUUCUGGUCAGAAAUUCACCGACCAUUCUUAGUAAACAAGAAGUAUAAUUAGUACAUUGUAAUAUACUUUAAUAUUUUAUAAAGUGUUAAUUUUUGUUGCAUUAAACAAAAUUGCAAUGAGUCGCAACCUAAAAGCAUUGAUUGGGCCUUCCAUUCUAAAUUCUGACCUAUCUCAACUAUUCCAAGAAUCUCAAAAACUUCUAGAUAAUGGUGCUGAUUACUUGCAUUUAGAUGUGAUGGAUGGUCAUUUUGUACCUAACCUUACGUUUGGCCAUCCAGUAGUUAAAUGUCUUCGAAGUCGAAUUAAAGAGGCCUUCUUUGAAACUCAUAUGAUGGUUUCAAAUCCAGAACACUGGAUUUCACCAAUGGCAGAUGCUGGAGUAAAUCAAUACACAUUUCAUAUUGAGCCAGUAACUGAUGUGGAAGCAGUUUGUAGAAAGAUAAAGGAACAUGGAAUGAAGGUUGGAGUAGCAUUAAAGCCGGGUACUCCAGUAUCAGAAGUAGAGAGGUAUAUACAUUUAUCUGACAUGGUGCUGAUUAUGACAGUAGAGCCAGGUUUUGGUGGACAGAAGUUUAUGGAGGAUCAGAUGUUGAAAGUCAAGUACCUAAGAGAACAGUUCCCAUUAUUAAACAUUGAGGUAGAUGGUGGUGUGGGGCCAUCAACAAUUGAUUGUUGUGCUAAUGCAGGAGCAAAUAUGAUUGUAUCAGGCACUGCUGUAAUAGGGUCACCAGAUCAAGCAGCAACAAUAAAGUUACUACGGGAUACAGUAACACAUGCUUUACAGAAAAGCUAGUGCAAGUAGAACCAAAGAUUAAUAUUAAGGAAAUCUGUCAAUUCCACAAAAUUUGUCUUCCAGUAGUUUUAGGAUAUGGGAAAUAAAUAAAUAUUUUUAUACAAAUAUAA